AUGGCCACCCACGCCCAAUUCCGCGAAUACGUCCUGCCCAACAACGCCGCCGAAUCCGACCGUCUCGACUUCCAACACAUUCUCCUAACCCGCACAUUUCAAGGAUCCACCGCGCACCACUCGACACAUCCAAACCUUUGCGAGUCCUGGACAUCGGCUGCGGGACCGGAAACUGGGCCAUCGACUUCGCGAAACAACCGAUCUCGAAGCGGAGGAGACCUGAGAUGCCACGAACACCUCUUACCAGGCGGAAGUGUCGAGAUCCAAGAAUUCUGCAUGCCGUGCAAAAGCCUCGACGAGAAAGACGCAGCGACGUCGAAAUUCAUCGCCUGGAGCAAUUCCAUGAUCUCAGUGGGCUCUAAAAUCAAGCUCAACCUGCAGAUCAUGAACGACAUGCCAGAUCUCAUGAAGAACGCCGCUUUGCAGGAUGUCCAGGAGGCGGAGUUCCGCAUGUUGACGGGGCCGUGGAUGGAGGAUGAGGAGAAUCAGGCGCUGGGAAGGAUGGGCCAGCAGAACCUGUUGCAGGGAAUGUAUGGAUUUGGGGAGACGCUGCAUACGAAAAUUUUGGGGUGGAGUGUGGAGGAGUAUCAGAGAUGGGUGGAUGGUAUCACCAAGGAGAUGCGGGAGGAUGGACUGCGGACGUGGUUGCCUGUGAGGGUGUGUUACGGUCGACGGAAUGCAUGA